GGUUUUUUUUGUUUUGUUUUUUGUUUUUUUCCUGCUGCACAGCAGCUUGAUGAAAUGGAAAAUCACUGAAUAACUGUUUCUAUAGAUUAAAACCCUGAAUGCUUUAUCUGAUUCACAUCCUGCUGGACACUGAUGUGUAGCUACUGAAGCGUAAAAAUCUAAGAGGCAGUGAGAUAUAUAUGCCAAAUGAUUCCAGCAACAAAGCAGUUUCUAUUUGCAUUAUAGAGUGUAAUAAUUGUAAUUAGCACAACCAGUGCUUCUGCAGCUUUUGGAAUUGUUUCCAAAGUGCUGUGCAAACAAUCUAUUAGAAAAAUCAACAAUCUCAGACCAAGAAUGUUUAUAAAUUGAUCUUAGAAACGGCUCUGUAUCCUUUGCUAAAGGUAAUAUAAAGUGCUUUUUAUUUCAGGGAGCUUCACUGACAGCUUAUUGUCCACCUGCCAGUAUCCUCUGCCUAGUCCUGCUUUCCAGUCCUAUUCCUUGCAGCAGAAAUUGGAACAACCCCGUGGAACAAUAAGGACCUGCAGCAAAGACUACAAAGGAGACUGGUUUCAGAGAAACUAAAAACUAACUUUCAUCGCUUUGCCAGUCUAAAAUUAAAUGUGACCAAAUUUCCUACAGCAUGUCUGUGCUGUCCAGCAGUCAUUCAGCCUUAUCACAAGAAACCCGCAGCACUUACAGUGCUGGAACAACUUCUGAAUCAAGGAUGCCACCUGUAUAUGAAGAGUCAGUCUGUGAGAGUCUCUCUUUUAAACCUGGAAUGGAAACCUACCUUGUGUCAGAAUUCCCAGAAGAGGAUAAAGAAUCCAUUUACAAAAAUCCAUUUACAAUUCCUCCAGAUAUUGAUAUUUUUGCAAUAAGGAACAAGGAAAGAAAAAAGGCAAAGGAGGAACGUGAAAAGAUGAAGACCAUGAAAAUUCAUGAGAAAAUGACUUACUCUGCUAAAAACAAGGCAAAGGAAAAAGGGUUUAGGAAAGCUUUGCAAAAGGAAGAGGAAGAAGAAAACAGAAAACAGGCAACAGAUGAAGAGAGACUGAAAGCUCUUCAGGAGUGUCUUUCAUGGAAGAUAGCCAUUAAAAAAGAUUAUCCACUAGAAAAAGAAACUUUCCGUGACUACAUAAAUGAUAGAAGAGAGAUAUUUUUACUUGAGUAUGCCAUAGCAGUAAAGAAAGAAGAGAUUCAAAAGUUGGAGAACAUAGCAAAAAAAGAGGAAAGAAAACUGGAAAAGGCUGAAAACAACCUGGAGAAGGAUAUUGCCGUAUUUGAUGAGUUCCUGAAGGAGAACCAUAAAAGCUCCAUUCAAGCCCUGAAAAUUGCUGAAAAAGAAUCUGCAGUGAAAGCAAAGAAAAUAGUAGAGAUCCACGCAAUUAGUUCCCAAAUAAUGAACCUCCAAAGUGAUAUAACCAGAUUUGAGAAUUCUCUGCGAGAGUACAAGAUGUACAGAGACUUCCUCUAUCAGCUAUCUCCACAAGAGUGGCAGGAGGAAUAUGAGAAAAAGCGUGAAAAGAAGUUGAAAACAGCAUCCAAAGCUGACAAAGGAAGUGCCUUGGAGAAGGGUAAGUGCCCUGGCAGAACUGCCCACUCCUUUAUAGUGCAGCCUCGUGCUCCAGCUGUCCAUCUCCUCUUGUGUCCAGGCCAGGGUCUGACCAUUGGGAUGAGAAUAAGUGGUAUAGAUGUGCCAAUUUCUCUGCCGUCUGCAGAAAGUUUGAACACAAGUUUAUCAUCUGGGACCAGACCAUGGCUCAAAAGCCUCCUGAAACCUGUCACAAGAGAAAAUCUAAAUUCAUCGGAGGAUCAAGAGAGUGAAGCCUGCUCGGAUGAAGAUGAGGAGCCUGAGCUGUAUUUUACUGACCCCCAACAACUGCUGUCUAUUUUAACGGAAAUGGAGGAACAGAAUUUCUCCUACCUCUGUAAUUUCCAGAAGACAGAGAAAGAAAUGAAUGAGUUUCAACACAUCUUCAUCAACACACAAAAAAGGAAGGAUCGGGAGAGAACGCAGCUGAAAGAAGUUUUGCUCACCUUGAAAUCCACUGUCACCAAAUUGGAAGAGAGAGCAGCAGACCUGAAGCUCAGAGUUGAAGACUUUUCCUCAGAACGUGAAGCUGAUGUCCAGGAUAAAAUGCUUGCAAGCUUGAGAAAAAAAGUGAGGGAGAUCUAUGGUCAAUGCAUUGGAGAAAUCAGGGAAGGCAUGGAGACAGUGGAGAUGCUAGCAGCAAUAGAAAAAAAGCUCAUUGAGUUACUGGACAACCUGGAAAGAAUUCCACCUGCAAAGAUAGCAGAGAUUGAAAAAGCCAAGAAAAAAGAACAGAGAAUGAGGCUGAGAGAGGAAAAGGAACAACAGCAGAAGCAGCUGCAGGAGGAGAAACUGCAACGGGCCCUGGAGAGAGCACAGGCAAUCAUGCAGAAAAAGACCGGCAGAAGGCUGAUGUUCCGUUCCAGCCCACCUGCCAGGAAGGAAAAGAAAAAGCACAACCAAGAACAAAGCGAUAAGGAGAAAGAAGAAAUACUGCACUAUUUUACCUGACAGCACAGCUUUUACUACUUAACAUAGGGUUGACAGCACUCUAGAAAAAUGUUUCUGUAGCUCCAGUCUGAGCUUAAGCUAUUUGCAGUGUGAGAACAUCAUGAAACUCCUCCUACCUCUGCAAGACCCAAAGGAAAGGAGCGUCAGGCAACCACUCAUUGUUUUUCUUAACUAAGGAAAUAAAAUAAGUGCUCUUAAUUUGCUUCUUUGGCUCCUGCUAGCAAUGCUUUUCUCAUUCAGUUGUUGAUGCAAAUAGCUCUAUCCCUAAAAACCUGACCAAUGUCCUGGGUAACAAUUUUGCCAUGGCACAACUAAGCCAAGCACUUACCAUUUAUUAUAACCACAGAUCAGGUGAACAGCUAUAAAAUGAAGUCUCUGCCUUAAUGUGAAGGAUGGAUUGGUGGACUCCACUCUGCUAUUGUGAAGAUACAAAGGAGGAAAAAAACAAACAAGCUCUACAGAAACAAAGCCGUUGACCAUUAACUUUAUGUCAGGUGCAAUCAUAUAAAGAACGAUACCCAGUGACAAGCUGACCAUAAAAAAAAAAGCUUUAUUAACCCUUUUGCACCAGUAGUUCUUCAGGCAUCCAUUGCCAGCAAUGGACUUCAAGCCAAGUGAUCCAUUUGUCGGCCCCAAGAGGUUAGCACUUUACAUUCAUUUACAAAGCUGAGUGAGGUACAUUUUCAGAAGUAGAAAGAUUAAGUUGCAAGUCCCAUAAAAAGAUGGAGUGUUCC